GGUUCCGCUUCCGCCGGGGCCGGCGCCGUUUCCGGCUGGCGCGGGGCCGGGGCGGCGGGGAUGGCGCGGAGCACGCUCUCGUCCCGCUUCCGCCGCCUCGACAUCGACCAGUACGACGAGAACCGCUUCGUGGAGGAGCCCGAGGAGGCGGCGGCGGCCGAGCCCGAUGCCAGCCCCGAGGUGGAAGCGCUGCUCAGGCAAGGCGAGGCGCUCCGGGCCUUCCACACCGCCAUCCGCAGCUCCCCGGGCAGCGGCAGGAACCAGGCGAUGAAGGAGCAGGCCCAGGGAACGAUGCUUAAAGUCCUCACAUCUUUUAAAAGCAGUGAAAUAGAACAAGCGGUGAAUUCCUUAGACAGAAACGGUAUUGAUUUGUUAAUGAAGUACAUUUAUAAAGGAUUUGAAAAGCCAACAGAAAACAGCAGUGCAAUAUUACUUCAGUGGCACGAAAAGGCACUGGCAGUAGGAGGCCUGGGCUCCAUUAUAAGAGUUCUCACAGCAAGAAAGACUGUGUAAAGACUUAACUUGGACAGAGGUGACGGUCAGGUUUGGACUCAGAAGAAGGAAUGAGCUGAAAGUACACUGGUCCAUCUUUAUUAGAGAUUGCAAUCUACUGAAAUCCUACAGUAACCUCCUCUUGGAAUGCUUUUAACCUUAAAGGUGGGGGAAGAGUAAAGGUAUUCCUGCAUAUUCCGACUAUCACGUAUAGGAGCCAAGACAUUCUCCUGCUCCCUUCUUUAACAGGCAGAGAGAAGGCACACUCCUGCCUCCUGUUACUGUAAGUGAACAGGUAUUUCAGAUGCUGCUUUAGCCAGGUGUGGUGUCCUGCUUAGUCCCCAGGUAGCUGUGUCCAGCUGAGAUCUGCAGCUGAGGGUGGGAGAAGGGCUGUUGGAACGGCUGUGAACGUGCGGGUGAAGGACUCUUGGACUCUGGGGUUGGGUUCAUGUAAAGUGAAGUGCCUGCUGCAUCAAUAAAGUUCUUGGAUCA